AUGAAUCCACACUGUAACGCUGCGAUGUACCUUGCUGUACUGUGUAUAUCAGCUUGUGUCCUGACUACAACUGCCCAGUAUUCGAUAUGCCCUGGUGAUGAUUACUCUAUUUAUGAAGGAUAUUUCUGUGAUUUUUACGAGGAUUGCCCUUCUGGCGGAGAUGAAGAGGAGUGCACUGAAUUCGAUUGUUGGGAUGGCAGUACAAUUCCAUACGGAGAGGUAUGUGAUGAUUCUAUACUUUGUGGUACAACGGCUGCCCCUGGUCCAUACUGUGACCAACUCGCAUGCGAUGAUGGAACAUGCGUCGUCGGAGCUCAAUGUAACGACGUCAUUGAGUGUGCAGAUGGGAGUGAUGAAAAUGGUUUGUUUUGCUGCCCCGAAGUCGCUUGUCAUCCCCCAGUUGAUCCAACCACACAGAUAACAGCCUGUAUCUCGUACGAUGCUCUAUGUGACGGCACAAAUGACUGUCCUGGAGGGGAAGACGAAGAGAAUGACUUCUGUGAUUGCUAUGAUGGUGGGUCUCAUGCUAUGUGUCCGGACGGCGAAACGUGCAUCCGUGCUGGGAGUAUAUGCAAUACUUAUAACGAUUGUGGAAAUUGGGAGGACGAGGCUAUGUGUCGGUAG